GAAAUAUAUGCUGAGAUUGGAGAGCUGAAAAGAUAUGCAGUUCACUUUGACAGGAAUGGACGUCCAAAUGGCUCGGCUGAAGUUGUGUAUAUGAGAAGAAGUGAUGCAAUGCUAGCUAUGAAGAAAUACAAGAAUGUACUCUUGGAUGGAUGGCCUAUGAGACUGGAGAUUCUGGGUGGAAAUACUGAGGCUGCUCCUGUUGCAGCUUGGGUUAAUGUAAUCGGAUUGAAUGGAAGGAUGAAGUGGAGUGUCUUCAUUGGUCAAGGAGUUAGAGGUGGGAGAGUAGGAAGAGGAAGAGGCUCAGGUUCUUCUAUGAGACGCCCUGCAACCCAACAAAACCAACAUGGAGGUGGUCGAGACGGGAUUCGUGGUAGAGGUCGAGGUGCCGGUGGUGGCAGAGGGAAUAAAAACGGCCGAGGCAGAAAGAAGCAGGUGGAGAAGUUGGCUGCAGACCUUGACAAAGAUCUCAAAAGCUAUCAUGCUGAAGCUAUGAACAUCUCUUAA